GAUCAUUAAUAUGCUUGGUGUUUGAGUUGUGUUUGGUGUGUGUACAAAUGACAUGUAUGUGCUUGUAGCCGAGUUUCUCAUGUUUAAUUUGAUGUGCAGUAUGACUAUUUCUACAUAAUAAGGGCAGUGUUGUAUGCCUUUUGCUGCGAGAGUGAUCGAGGUCGAGGUUAAAAGCUUUAUAUCUGUGAUAAACCUUUGACCAGUUUGUAAUCAGUAGAGGGACAGCUCUUUAAGAUAUUCUGUGAUGGGUUUAAAGUUGACAUAUGGGGCAGGAUAUAUAUUUUCUCAUCUUUGUAGGCUAUAUGAGGUUGAAAGUACACCUUUUACUCCUAAUGUCAAAUGUGUUAAUGUGAAAUUAUCCUACUUGAGGAAGCUAAUGUAAUAAAUAGCCAUCGUGCAUAAUGCAUGCUUGAAUGGAUGUAACUGUCCAUAUCUGUGUUGCGUCCUUUACAGUGUUUUAUAGGCUUCUCAACAAAACAAUACCCAGUUUUCUACCUUUUCUUUCAGCAGGUUGGGAUUCCUAAGAAGCUGGUCUAUAUUGCUCUCUAGUGGUCGACGACAGAUACAGCACCUUUCCUUUCCCGCCCACAGCGGAAAUUACGUCACCAGACUUCCGGGACGCCACACAUUGAUAAACAUGGCGUCCGUGACAACAGCCACCUCCGAGUGGAUUCAGUUCUUCAGGGAGGCUGGGAUCCCUGCCGGGCUCGCUGUAACCUACGCCGUUUCCUUUGCGGACAACCGGAUCCAGAAGAACAUGCUGAUGGACUUGAGCAAGGAGAUCAUGAUGGACCUGGGCAUCACGGUCAUCGGAGACAUCAUUGCGAUCCUGAAGCAUGCUAAACUGGUCUACAGACAGGACAUGUGCAAGAUGGCCACUGAAGCCAUCACCUCAGGACAGACCAGCGUCCAGGCAGAACUCCGCCGGACAGCCCACACCCCCGCCACACGUAUGAUCGCCAACGCCCUGAGCCGGGACUCGCCCCCCAGCACGCCCAACCGACGCCCGGACAACCGCCUCCCGGACAACCGCCUCCCGGACAACCGUCUCUCCGUCACCGUGUCCAACAAACAGGCCAGCAAGAGCGGGAAAACAGUCGUAACCCAGCCUGCGGACGAGGGGAAAGGCUUGCCUGCCGUGAAACGACGGCGUGUAACCGCGGAGAUGGAAGGCAAGUACAUCGUCAACAUGCCCAAGGGCACUACAGCGCGCACACGCCGCAUCUUGGCCCAGCAGGGGAGGAAAGGCUCCAAGCGGAUGUCUGUGUUCGAGCGGCUCGGAGCGGAGGCCAAGGCGGAAGCGACCAACACCAGCAGCACCAAGGUAAGGCCGGGUCCCGUAGCGCUAGAGCCCUGAGCUAAAAGACCCAAG